UCUCCCACAUAUUACAGCGCCAACCGCCAUCGAAUCAGUGUGAUUGGUGUCGUAGUGCAACAAGACGUGUUAUUCCAUAGAAAGAAAAAUAAGUGCUUUAGUUAUAUUUUAGUGUUUUAAUUAAAGACGCAUAAAUGUCAAGUCCAAAAGAGUAUAAACUCAAGGGUGGACAUCCUCCUGCAGUAAAAGCAGGCGGAAUGAGGAUCACCCAGCAUAAAACACCGAAAGAAGAUCGGGAAAUAAAACCAAUUAAAGACGUGGACGAAAGUAAAACAUCGAGUAGUCCACCAAAAACUCUCAUGAUCAGUGGAGUUCCUGCAAAAGGAAAUGCAGACUUUCCUCCAGAAGCUGUGCAACUCUUCCAUGAAAAGCCUGUUCCAACUCAUGAUGCACGGCCAGCUCAUUCUUCACGUCCAAUUAUUAUCCACCAGCCAAGGAAAUGAACGAUGCGCAUAUUGUAUACCAACUGGUGGCUAUCAAGAGGAGCAUUAGCCUACAUACUUAUCCAUUAAAUUAAAACAAAAAAAAAAAGAAAAAAUAUAAA